AUGUCAGGUCUCAGAGGCGAGAGCCCGAGUGCGCAGGUUGACCUAGCUGCUGGUCGAGAGUCAUGUGAUCGUGACAUCAGAAAAAUGCACCAUCAUAAAGUCUCCAGAAAUAUAGAUAACUAUUUGUUGGAGAGCAGCAUUGAAGUCUCCUUGAAUAUAGAUGACUCCUUCCUGGAGAGCAGCAUUAAAGUCUCCAGAUAUAUGGAUAACUACUUACUGGAGAGUAGCAUUGGCAUCUCAGAUAUAUGGAUAACUACUUACUGGAGGGUAGCAUUGAAGUCUCCAGAAAUAUGGAUAGCUACUUACUGGACAGUAGCAUUGAAGUCUCAGCCUUAUUAUGGAAUAAAACUACUGGAGAGUGGCAUUGAAGUCCAUAUGAUAAUCAGUGAAUACGUUGAGAAGGAACUCCAGAUCGGCAAUGGGAUUACUGUGGAAAUAGUGAACAUGGGAGCAAGCUACUCCUUUGUAUCAAUCAGAUACGCACCUUUUGAUAUGGACAACCAGAUGAUAGAAUCCGUACUUGAAAGAUAUGGAAAGAUAAUAUGGAUAAGAAAUAACCAACACACGCUAGGAAAAGGAAACGGUUUAUUGAAUGGGAUAAGAACAGCAAAAAUGGAAAUCAAGAAUAAUAUUCCAUCGUCUAUUAGGAUAGCAGGACAUUCGGUGUCCCUCAUGUACAGCGGACAGAACAGAACCUGCUAUAAAUGUGGAAGUGAAGAUUAUCUAGUGGAAAACUGUGUUACAGAGAAGACAUUAAGGGAGGAAUUGACGGAUAAGGAAACGCACUUCCCGGAAAUAGGAAAAUGGAACAGAAAAGCGAAGGAGAAUCCAGGAUUUAGCGUAAAGGAUCAAACUCAAGAUUGCACUGGUGAUAAUGAAAAACAUUUAAAAUUGAACCAAGAUAAAGAAAUUCAAAAUGCUGAUGAUAACACAGAUGCUAACUCAAAAUAUUUAAUUGAUAAAAACAAUGUUUCGGGUGACAUAGAUAAUGAUGAUGAGUUAAAACGCGUAAGCAUUGCAAUAACAGCUAAUUCUACGCAUAUAAAUGAAUCUGAUAAUGAAGAUAUGCAUAUAAAGGAGUCCGAUAAUGAAGAUGUAACUGUAUCUGAAUAUGGGAUACAAAACAACAUUGUAAAGGAAAAAGAAACCAAGAAGUCUGAUAAAACUUUAAUUGAAACAAUAGUGGAGAUUCAUCGUGAGCGAAAUGAUACAGAACUGUCAAGUAUGGAAGCAGAAUCAGUAGGGAAAACCAGUCAUGAGGAAGUGAUCAGGAUUAAUUUCGACGAAAAUGUGACAACUGAAUAUAACGAUAUAGCAGAAGACAUGUUGACCGAUGAGAGCCUGGAAAGGGAAAUGAUGAACGAAGCUGAUGACGUUUGA